AUGUCGUUCCUCGAAUCCUCUCUCCGCAUCCCCUCUCAAGCUUCCCGGAGUUGGCGGACGGCUAGGUACUUCACACGAAAUCAACGAAAGCAAAAUCUCCUUCUGACACGAUCUUUCUCGUCUACCCUCCGCCGCAAUGAGAUCAAUAAAAUUCUCCCGUCAGCCGCCGAAGCCAUCAAGGACAUGAAGUCUGACUCGACUCUACUCUGUGGUGGUUUCGGUCUGUGCGGUGUCCCAGACACGCUCAUCAACGAAGUCGCGAAGACUCAAUCCAUCACCGGCCUGACCGCCGUGUCCAACAACGCAGGCAUCCCCGGUGCCGGUUUGGGCCAGCUACUCGAGAGCCGCCAGGUCAAGAAGAUGAUCGCCAGUUACGUUGGCGAGAACAAAGUCCUAGAACGAAUGUACCUGGGAGGAGAAAUGGAACUCGAGCUCACACCACAAGGCACACUAGCCGAGCGAUGUGCAGCCGGAGGCAAGGGCAUCCCGGCAUUCUACACACCCGCCGCUUUCGGCACGGUCGUGCAAACAGGCGAGAUUCCGCUCCGACACAAUUCAGACGGCAGCGUUGCACAGUUCGGCAAACCACGCGACGUCAAGGUCUUCAAUGGAAAGAGCUACGUGAUGGAAGAAGCCAUUGCAGGCGACUACGCGUUUGUCAAGGCCUACAAGGCCGACAAAUUGGGAAACUGCCAGUUCCGACUGGCUGCGAACAACUUUAAUGGUGCAAUGGGUCGCAACGCGAAAAUCACCAUUGUCGAAGCCGAGCACAUUGUCGAGGUCGGCGAGAUUGACCCUGUCGCCGUGCACCUCCCGGGUAUCUACGUGAACAAGGUGAUCCAGUCGACCGCCGAGAAGAAGAUUGAGAAGUACACCAACCGCAAAGACGAGAAUGCCGACGUCAAAGACAGCUUAGGCAAGGGCGAAGCUGCCUCCAAGCGCGAACGCAUUGUCAAGCGCGCAGCCAAGGAGUUCAAGAACGGCAUGUACGCCAACCUGGGCAUCGGCAUGCCCAUGCUGGCGCCUUCGUUCGUUGACCCUUCAGUCGAGGUGCAACUGCAGUCUGAAAACGGCAUUCUCGGCCUGGGUCCCUACCCCAUUAAAGGCGAGGAGGAUCCGGAUCUGAUCAAUGCAGGCAAGGAGACGGUCACGCUCAACCCGGGCGCCGCUUGCUUCGGGUCUGAAGAGUCGUUCGGCAUGAUCCGCGCCGGUCGCAUCAACAUGUCCAUGCUGGGUGCCAUGCAGGUCUCGGCACGCGGUGAUCUGGCCAAUUGGAUGUUGCCGGGCAAAGUCAAGGGCUUCGGUGGCGCCAUGGAUUUGGUGUCCAACCCUGAGAAAACAAAAGUCGUCGCCCUGAUGGAACACACCGACAAGAAGGGUAACCCCAAGAUCCUCAAGCAAUGCGAGUUCCCGCUCACUGGACGCGCCUGCGUCAGCAGAAUUAUCACCGAAUUAGCCGUAUUUGACGUCGAUUUUACCGAUGGCUUGACCUUGAUUGAGACCGCCGAGGGUGUCACUGUCGACGAAGUCAAGAGCAAGACCGAAGCGCCGUUCAAGGUCUCUGAGAACCUAAAGACCAUGGAAUCCGCAUAG